AGUUUGAACUCAGAGCGCGUCGCGAGCAGUGCGUUCCAUCCGAUAUUCUGUCGGAUCUUCCGGUUUUUCGGUUUCCCAAAUUUCAUAAUACCCAAUCUCAUCUUGAUUCGAAGAGAUGAACAUGAUAGAACCACGUGGAUUCUAAUACCUUAUCGUCUUUAAAUAUAUAGAGCGAGCCCUUGACAAAUGUGUGCGUUUGUGUACUGAAGCGCACAUUGGAAUAAGUGAAGUGGUGAACAAAACAGAACUGAAAUCGGAAAACAACAGAAACAAAUGAAUAAAACCAUGUGGACUCAAACGAACUGAACUGUAUUGGAAGCUCCACGCUGGCACAUGUCUAGCCUGUGCUGAUAAAAAAAAAGAAAACGAAACCGAGAAAAGUACGAGAAACCCCCGAUAAAAGCAAUGGACUUGUGUACAUAACGACGGCCAGUCACUGUAAAUCGGAAGAGUUACCCUAUAAAAAUCAUAAAAAUUCAAAAAAUAUUCCGUAUUCCAAGAACCACCCAUAAAAAACGCCGCACAUCUCCCGAGCAAAAAAUGGCGCGAGUUCAGGCCAGCGACUCGUUGAUUCCCCGCCAGGUGUUCGAGGUUCCUCCGGCGGAACCCAAUAAUUCCACGGCGGACAGCGGCAGUCAGGGUUCCGGGGUAAAGCUAAAGAAGCAGAUCGGCCUGCUCGAUGGAGUGGCCAUCAUCGUUGGUGUAAUUGUCGGAUCCGGCAUCUUCGUGAGUCCCAAGGGAGUGCUCAAGUUCUCCGGCUCCAUAGGACAAUCCCUCAUCGUUUGGGUCCUCAGCGGAGUGCUCAGCAUGGUGGGCGCCCUAUGCUACGCCGAAUUGGGCACGAUGAUACCCAAAUCAGGCGGAGAUUAUGCCUAUAUAGGCACUGCAUUUGGUCCUCUGCCUGCGUUCCUUUAUCUGUGGGUGGCCCUGCUGAUCCUGGUGCCCACGGGCAAUGCGAUUACGGCUCUGACUUUUGCCAUAUAUCUGCUGAAACCUUUUUGGCCUUCCUGCGACGCGCCCAUUGAAGCUGUUCAGCUGCUGGCGGCUGCCAUGAUAUGUGUGCUGACGCUUAUCAAUUGCUAUAAUGUUAAGUGGGUUACGCGUGUGACGGACAUCUUUACGGGCACCAAGGUGGUUGCCCUCCUGGUGAUCGUUGGCGCCGGAGUCUGGUGGUUGUUCGAUGGAAACACAGAGCACUGGGAUAAUCCCUUCUCGGGAGGCCUUCAAGAUCCUGGAUAUAUAGCCCUGGCCUUCUAUAGCGGCCUCUUCUCGUACUCCGGCUGGAACUAUUUGAACUUUGUAACAGAGGAGCUCAAGGAUCCGUACCGAAACCUGCCCAAGGCCAUUUGCAUCUCAAUGCCGGUGGUCACGGUCAUCUAUAUGAUCACGAAUAUUGCAUACUUUUCGGUUCUCUCGCCAGACGAGAUCCUUUCGUCAGAUGCAGUGGCAGUCACGUUUGGCGACAAGAUGCUGGGGUAUAUGUCCUGGAUUAUGCCCUUCGCUGUGGCCUGCUCCACUUUUGGUUCGCUGAAUGGAGCGAUCUUCGCGUCCUCGCGACUUUUCUUCGUCGGUGCAAGGAAUGGUCACCUGCCGGCCGCCAUUUCGCUGAUUAACGUUAAUUGCCUGACACCUGUGCCCUCGCUGAUAUUCCUGGGCGUGCUCACCUUGCUGCUGCUGUUCAUCGAGGACGUCUACGUACUAAUCAACUACGUCAGCUACGUGGAGGCGUUGUUCACGCUGAUCUCGGUAUCCGGACUGCUGUGGAUGCGCUACAAGCAACCCAAGACGGAGCGACCCAUCAAGGUCAACUUGGCGCUGCCCAUCAUCUAUCUGAUCGUCUGCCUGUUCCUGGUCAUCUUCUCUUGCACGCAGACGCCAUAUGUGGUAGGAAUCGGGACGAUCAUUAUACUGUCUGGAAUUCCGGUCUACUACCUGACCAUCCACAAACCGGUCAAAUGGCUGGCGGACACUUCGCAGGCGAUCAACCUGUGGUGCUCCAAAUUCUUCAUCUGUAUGCCCAACCAGGAGAAGUUCGACUAGGACUGCAGGACUCUACGACUUUGGGAAGAGAGGGCCUUUUGUGGAUGUAUCGAUCAACGCAACUAUAGAAGGGAAUAUCUUGUAGUUAGGAUAAGUCUCAAUUUACCCCUAAGAUAGGUUAGCAACGCGAAAUUUUGAAAACCUACGCACAACAUUACAAAAGUGUUAUUGUAAAUAACUCAAAUGCAUUCUGGUAGGGAAGUCCCUGCUUCAAUUAAUAUUAUUUGUUAGUCGUACUUUUAAUGUAUAUUUCAAACCCAAAAAAAAUGAGUUCCUCGUCGAAAGCAGAAGUACGCCUGUUAUACAAAAUGCGAACCAAUUUUUACAUAUUAUACAAGUAAUUAGGAGCUUAUUCAGUAAGUAAUAAUUAUUAUUGAUGCAACUUUUUGCGAAAUGUAAAAAAUCGAAUUUGUUUUGUAUAAGAAAGUUAAUAAUAAACACAUUAAACUUU